AUGCUGCCAAGUGAAAGGGGAAUCCUGCCGUCACCACAUCUUUUACCACCACAUCCGGGCAACAUCAUGGUCCACCGUGUAUCUGUUCCAGAGGGCAUGAACUGCCCGAGGCCCGCACCCAAUGGAAGGGGAGUUUUGCAGCGGUACCGGGUUCUGCCGCAGUCGGGCCAAACCAUGGUCCUCACGUCAGCUUUUCCAGGGCAGGGUGCGUGUCCAGUGGCGAGUGGCGGAGGUGCUCAGCAGCAAUCAGACUUUAAGGUGCCCCCACCACGCACCGGUUUGCCGCAGCCGCUUAACGCCGCUGCUCUGCAGCCCCCUAACGUCGUUUUGCCGCAUCCAUCCAAUUCUGCAUUGCUGCAGCCACCCAGCCCCAUUUUACCACAGCCAGCCAACGCCACUUUGCUUCGACCACCCAACUCUGUUCCGCUGCAGUCAUCUAGCACCGUUUCUCUGCAGCCACCCAACGCCAUGGCAAGACGGUCAGCUUUUCCAGGGCAGGGUGCGUGUCCAGUGGCGAGUGGCGGAGGUGCUCAGCAGCAAUCCGACUUUAAGGUGCCCCCACCACGCACCGGUUUGCCGCAGCCGCUUAACGCCGCUGCUCUGCAGCCCCCUAACGUCGUUUUGCCGCAUCCAUCCAAUUCUGCAUUGCUGCAGCCACCCAGCCCCAUUUUACCACAGCCAGCCAACGCCACUUUGCUUCGACCACCCAACUCUGUUCCGCUGCAGUCAUCUAGCACCGUUUCUCUGCAGCCACCCAACGCCAUGGCAAGACGGUCAGCUUUUCCAGGGCAGGGUGCGUGUCCAGUGGCGAGUGGCGGAGGUGCUCAGCAGCAAUCCGACUUUAAGGUGCCCCCACCACGCACCGGUUUGCCGCAGCCGCUUAACGCCGCUGCUCUGCAGCCCCCUAACGUCGUUUUGCCGCAUCCAUCCAAUGCUGCAUUGCUGCAGCCACCCAGCCCCAUUUUACCACAGCCAGCCAACGCCACUUUGCUUCGACCACCCAACUCUGUUCCGCUGCAGUCAUCUAGCACCGUUUCUCUGCAGCCACCCAACGCCAUGGCAAGACGGUCAGCUUUUCCAGGGCAGGGUGCGUGUCCAGUGGCGAGUGGUGGAGGUGCUCAGCAGCAAUCCGACUUUAAGGUGCCCCUACCACGCACCGGUUUGCCGCAGCCGCUUAACGCCGCUGCUCUGCAGCCCCCUAACGUCGUUUUGCCGCAUCCAUCCAAUGCUGCAUUGCUGCAGCCACCCAGCCCCAUUUUACCACAGCCAGCCAACGCCACUUUGCUUCGACCACCCAACUCUGUUCCGCUGCAGUCAUCUAGCACCGUUUCUCUGCAGCCACCCAACGCCAUGGCAAGACGGUCAGCUUUUCCAGGGCAGGGUGCGUGUCCAGUGGCGAGUGGUGGAGGUGCUCAGCAGCAAUCCGACUUUAAGGUGCCCCCACCACGCACCGGUUUGCCGCAGCCGCUUAACGCCGCUGCUCUGCAGCCCCCUAACGUCGUUUUGCCGCAUCCAUCCAAUGCUGCAUUGCUGCAGCCACCCAGCCCCAUUUUACCACAGCCAGCCAACGCCACUUUGCUUCGACCACCCAACUCUGUUCCGCUGCAGUCAUCUAGCACCGUUUCUCUGCAGCCACCCAACGCCAUGGCAAGACGGUCAGCUUUUCCAGGGCAGGGUGCGUGUCCAGUGGCGAGUGGCGGAGGUGCUCAGCAGCAACUCGACUUUAAGGUGCCCCCACCACGCACCGGUUUGCCGCAGCCGCUUAACGCCGCUGCUCUGCAGCCCCCUAACGUCGUUUUGCCGCAUCCAUCCAAUGCUGCAUUGCUGCAGCCACCCAGCCCCAUUUUACCACAGCCAGCCAACGCCACUUUGCUUCGACCACCCAACUCUGUUCCGCUGCAGUCAUCUAGCACCGUUUCUCUGCAGCCACCCAACGCCAUGGCAAGACGUUCAGCUGUUCCAGAGGACGCCACACGCACACUCAUUUGGCUCAGCUUCGACAUCACAAAAAAGUGUGUCGGACGCGGAAAUGGAUUUGAAUACGUCGACGAGAAGUUGAUACAAGAGCUGCACAAUCGGCUUGUUUCCUUCUGCCGACUAGAUGCUACCAGGGAGGAGAAGUUGACCGACUACAACAGGAUCCUGCUGGUACAGAAGAUCCUGGCAAUGUGA